UUUUAGAAUACCGGUACCACAAAGAAACGUGGAAAUUAUAAUUUCGUAGCGCGAAGCAGUUGGUGACGAAUAUCUUUUUAUGUAAUAUUGUGUAUGUACAAUUUAUCGUUGGCAGCGCCAAUCAUUACGCGUGCUGUCGCUCACCGGUUCGUUGCGGAGUGAACACAAGAGGAAAGGUUUUCUUUGUCAAGAAUUAAAUCAAGUUUGGUUGCCAAGGCAGAGAAUGAGCUGUAGUACUCAUAGCAACCUUUUUUCUUAUCGUUUUUGUAAAUAAUACCAGUGGUCAAACUCCUGUUGCAUUUGAUUUACAUUGGCAUAGAAUACUGACUCUUCUGUAAAAACGUACCUACGUGUUUCAUUGUUGGUAUACAAAUCAGAAAAGCACGAUGUUCAAGAAAGACGAGCUACGGAAGUUCCAGAAAGAAGCACUGGAAUCCCACAAUGAAUACAGGUCAAUGCAUGGAACGCCAAAGCUUAAGUUGGCGGAUGACCUGAACAAGAUUGCCCAGGCCUACGCCGAGGAACUAGCAAAAACCGACAGCUUCAGACACAGUAAAUGCGAUGGCAUAGGAGAGAACCUUGCAAUGCAUUUUUCGUCCAAGUCUACUGACUAUUGUGGCGGAGAAGCAACUAAGCAAUGGUACAGUGAAAUAGAAAAGUACAAAUUUGAUCGUCCUGGAUUCACGCCUGGUACAGGCCACUUCACUCAGGUUGUUUGGGCAGAAACCAAAGAGAUGGGCAUCGGUAAAGCCGUAACAAGAAGUGGCAAAGUAAUAGCGGUAGCAAACUAUCGUCCAACUGGAAAUAUGUUGAGUAAAUUUAAAGACAACGUUCUACCUCCUAAAAAGGGAGCCAUUGGUACAACAAAACACAGACAUCGAAGUUCCUCUAGUAGCAGCAGCAGUAGUAGCGAUGAUGAGGAGAAGAAGUUAAAAGGAAAGUUGGGCCUGUUCAAAAAGAAAAAUAAAGACUCGGACUCGACAGAUAUCUCUAAAUCUGAGCUCCGAAAAUUCCAGAAAGAGAUGUUGACAGCCCAUAAUAAACAUCGCGAAAAGCACGGCGUACCGGCUUUGAAACUUUCUGAUGAGGUCUGUAAAGACGCACAGAAAUUUGCUGAAAAGCUGGCGAAGACAGGAAAACUGGAGCACAGCACUAACCAAGAGUACGGCGAGAAUGUUGGCAUGCACUAUUCAUCAGCUACGACUGAAUAUUCCGGUACUGAAGCUACCAAUCGAUGGUAUAGCGAAGUCAGUAAAUACGAUUUUUCUGACCCAAGGUUCAAGUCUGGAAUAGGCCAUUUUACCCAAAUGGUAUGGAAAAACUCGAAGCAAUUCGGGAUCGGUAAAGCAAUCACAAAGGACAAGCGAGUGGUGGUGGUUGCCUCAUAUGAGCCACCCGGCAACUAUAUCGGUCAGUUUCCCGACAACGUGUUUAACAGAACUGAUGGAUAUCUACCACCAAAGCCGGACGGAGCACAUAAAGUCAAGAUUGUCAAAGCGGCAGAUGAUAAGAAGGUGCAAGCCAAAAACUUCAAAAUGGUACCAGACGAUUUGAAAUCCUUCCAAAAAGAUGCAUUGGAAGCCCAUAAUAAGUACCGAUCAAAACACAAGGCACCAGCUCUGAAAGAAUCAAAGGAACUUACAAAAAUGGCUCAAGAGUGGGCGGAACAUCUGGUCAAAAAUGAACUAUUUGAGCAUCGUGAAUCCCGUGACACUGGAGAAAACAUCGCCAUGCAUUAUUCAUCCGCCAGUACUAACUUUACAGGUAAAGAAGCUACCGACAUGUGGUAUAGUGAAAUCAGUAAACAUGACUUCAGUAGCCAUGAAUUCCAGCCCGGUUCAGGUCAUUUUACACAGGUUGUAUGGAAGGGUUCAAAGGAUUUUGGUAUUGGCAAAGCAAUCACCAAGGAAGGAAAAGUUAUUGUUGUUGGUAAUUACAGGCCCCCAGGAAACAUUAUGCAGAGGUUCGCAGAAAACGUGUCUUCGGGCAAUUAAACAACCUGAUGUAAGGUACCCUGGUUUAAUUCAUGCGUAUUAGUACCAAGCCCAAGAGAGUAUUAACGUCGCGUGUAUUGUAUUUUCGAGAGUUUUAUGCACCUGUAAAUAGAUAGUGCUUUUAAAGACAUAUAUGAUAAACAGAAGGUCAAAAUGAGGGAUACAGAAUGAUAUAAAAUCAAACAAGCAAUAAUUAUACUCCAAUACUGUACUAUUGAUCAUUCCUAUGUACUCCUAACAAUCGUAAUUCAGGUAAUACAUUAGUACUGCUUCACAAAUCUAGUCUUCCAAAACACAUUUUUAAAUAUAUUGAUAUUAAUUCUCAUUAAUUUAGUCAAAUAUGCGAACCUGAAAAUACAUUGAAAUGUAUUACAGUAUUGUAUACAAUAACAUCAUAAUAUAGAAAAGAGUAACCUUAUGUAUUACACCUAUUGUUACAUUUCCAGUUUUAAAAAAAUACACUGAUAAAAAUAAUACCUUUCCAAUUGUAAGACGUCACAAUUAUAUCGAUAUCUUGUGAUGCCUUAUAGGCAGUCAAAGAAAUUGACACGUCAGUGCACCAGAUUAAAUACUACUACUAAUAAAAAUAAGGCAGUGUCUAUAAUAAUGUUUACCAGUUUCAAUCGAAUCCCUAAUUCCGAUUAGAUGUUAUUGAGCAGACUUAAUCCAAUCCAUACCCAAUCAGAAUUGGGAAAAAUGAGUAUUCGAAAGUCAUUGACUAGAUACAUAGUUAAUGUUUGUAUCUUCGAAUUACGUACCUAAUAAGUAAAGAAUACAUAAUUUUAUAAAACAAACAGAUACUAUAUAAUUAGUACAAAUUAGUAUAAAUAGAUGGUGAAUGAUGAGGAUAUGUCUUUAAUAUAUAAGCUCUCAAAAAAGCGGCUGUGAAAGAUAAAUAACUAGUUAAAAUUAUAUUGGUGAUUAGUAAUGAUUAAUUAUCCUAGUGAUAUCUAUUAAGCCUAAUAUUUAUUCAUAUCAUUAUGUUCUUUAAUAUAAGUUAUUAAAGAUAAUACGAACAAUUAAUUACAACGAUAUUUUACGUUCGGUUCUUAAUUAAUAAGUAUUAACAUUUACCGGUACUGUUUUAUAUUCCAUGAUAAUUUAUAAUGAUAAAUUAUACUUGUAAAGUGACACUAAUACUAAAUUAUUCAUUUUAGAAAAAAAUGAAAUAAUGUAUAUAUAUUUAAAUACUAAUAUUAACGUCUCAAAUUUUCUGUCAUGAUUUUAGUUUUAAUUUACAAGACAAGAGUAUAAUACUACUGAAUAUAAUAUAUUGCAAUAAUAAUAUUAUCAUAAUAUUAUUAUGAUAAGGACUAGCAAGAAUAUAAGUACAAAAUUUAAACACUGUUCGUUAAAGUAUCAUUAUUAUGAUUAUUAUUAUUAUUAUUGUAUAAAUGGUAAAAAUGUUAUUUAAAAUCGUGUAUGUGUCACUGAUAAUCGAGUGCGUAUUACAUCAGCAUUAUCUGAACAAUACCUCCGCAAUACUGAAUGUAAAGAAGAUAGGUUAAUAUAAAUUAAAAGUAAACAUAAUUACACAUACUGUAAAGUUUCAAUUGAUUAUUUCUUACUCAGAACCUUUUUCAAAGCAUUACAUUUUGUUUUUGCUGAUUUGCAUAUAAUGACGCAAUGUUCAAGUUUAAUUUCCAUUAGUUACAUUCCAAUUUAGAUAAUGUUUUUGUUAUUGUUUACUGAAAGUGCAGUAUCUAUAAAUUAGUGUAGGUCUAUAAUUUAUUGUAUAUUAUGGUGUGACAUACGGUAACUACAUUUCACUUAAAUUAUCCUACUUCCUUUUGUGCAAUGGUCCGAUAUCGAUUCUAAGAAAUGUUGAUUAUAAAAAUUGAUUGAUUUUGAAAAAAUAAAAUGAGUAAAAAAGUACUAGAUUGA